CAAAGGAACAGGCAGUAUUCUUACGUGGCAGCGUGCGAACUGAACACAACACGCAGGUCCCGGUUUUAUUUCUGUCCCGGUUCGUAACACUGAGUGUUUAUUAACGGAUAUUCUCAGUAAAUGCGACAGUCUGCUGAUUGAACCGGUUCCUCCUGCACCACCGUUUAUAAAGAGGACAGACUUUAUCAAACCAGUAAAGAGGAUAAACUCAGAUGGCGGAGAAAGGCGGUGCUCCUGUGGCCCGGGUGCUGCUGCAGCAGUGUCUGCAGGCCAGACUGCAGGUGAAGCCAGCAGAGGAAAACUCAGAGGCUCAGUUUGUCCAGAUCGACAGAGGGAUGGUCAUCUACAUCUGCUUCUUUAAAGGAGCCACAGACGACAUCCUGCCCAAAAUGGUGUCCACGCUGUUGAACCUGCGUCUGUGUGAGUCCAACUCUGGGAAGAUGGUGUCCGUGCUGGAGCUUCCCAGCAGUGUGCCGAUCGUCCCCCAGGCCACGCUAGGUGGGAAGGCCAAAGGCAGGGCCAUGCAGUACCACAACAACAUCAGCAAAGAGGACGGACUGCAGCUCUACGGAGACUUUGUUUCUCUGUGUGAGAAGGAACUGACGGCUGCUUCAGCUGAAGUGACGGUGAAACACGGGACGUAUGGAAACAGACAAGUGCUGAAGCUCGACACCAACGGACCCUACACACAUCUCAUUAGUACAUGCUGUACAUUUUACUGCACUUUUCUGAAUGUGUGAAAGCUUUAGUUGCUUUUCAGAUUAAGAUUUAACAUAGAAAACAUGACAAAAAUGCAUCAUGUUUUAUAAGUUCAUCAUUUGCUUUGUACAUAAAAU